AUGAGUAUUGAAAAAAAUAAUGUUGAUGAUAGUGAAAAUUUAAUGUUAACAUUUAAAUAUCCAAAUAUAGUAUUAACAACAAAACGAAGAUGGUUAGUUGUUGGGUACCAAGCUUUUAUGACAAAUAAUUUAAAAAGAGUUAUUUUUCCUUCAGAUUCUGCUGGUAGAAUAUGUGGAAUAAAACAAGAAGGUGUAUAUGAUUUAUCAGAAAAACCUUAUUUAUUAUUUUUUGAUCUUACUAAGUGUGCAUCAUGGACAUCAUUUAUGUCUGGUUGCCCAACAAAACAAGUAUGUGUUAAAGAAUGUCCACAAAAAUAUUUUACUUAUCUUCAAUUACGUUCAAUAUUUUCUGAUGCAACUUUUUAUAAAAAAUUAAAAAAAGAAAUAAUUUGUAGUAAUGAUGAUAUAAAAUAUAAUAUAAAAAGUUUUGAAGAUUUAAAAAGAUAUGUUCGAUUUGGUGAAUGUAUUGCAUAUACAGUUAAAAGUUCUCCUUUAUUGGGCCGUUGUAUACCAGUAGUUGUUACAAAUUUAAUAAGUUCAACAACAUUAAAUAAAAAACAAAAUUUAUCAUUAAAUGAAAUAAUUGCAAAUACAGGAAAAGAUAUAGAAAUACCAGAAGAUGAAAAAUUUAUAAAAAAUGUUUCAAGUAUUUAUAAAAAUAUUAAAUAUAGAAAAGGAUUUAUUGGUAGUAUAAUUGAAGAUAUUUAUUUAGCUAAAUGGAAAAUAUUAUUAUUAUUAACAUGUUCAGCAAUUGUUUGUCUUAUAUAUGUUAAUGCAUUACGUAUAUUAGGUGAAAUGAUUAUUUGGGGAACAUUAAGUAUGAUAUUUAUUGGACUUAUUCUUGGUAUAGCAUUUUGUUGGCAUCAGUAUAAAAUUUUAUUAGAUGAAGAAGAAAUAUUUAAUGAAAAUCAUAUUAAUACAGACAUGCGAUCUUAUUUUCAUAUGCCAAAUACUUGGAAAUAUAUAGGAUUUAGAAAUCGAAUUAAGAUUGCAUUAUUAAUUAUAAAGGAAACAAACAAAGCUAUUUCAAAAAUGCCUAACAUACUAUUAUUUCCUUUUAUUCCUUUUAUUUUAAAUAUUUUAUGUUUUUUAAUCUUUGGAACUUUAGCUAUCUGGAUAAGUACCUCUGGAAAAGAAAAUUGUUUUCGAUAUAUUAAUAAUAAUACAAAAUCAUUUUCAUUUAAUAUAAAUGAAACAUGCGAUUGUAGUAAUGUUGGUACUUCAUUAGAUAAAAAUUGUCAUUUUUUUAAUAUAACAAAAGAUGAAAAAAUUACUAAAACAAUGCAAUUUUAUAAUAUUUUUGCAUAUUUUUGGAGUACAUGUUUUAUUUCUGGAUUUCAUAAUACAGUUAUAGCAGGUGCUAUAGGUUCAUAUUAUUGGACAUAUAAUAAAAAAAAAGAUGUACCUAAAAAUGCUGUUAGUAGUUCUAUUUAUAGAACAAUAAGAUAUCAUUUAGGAUCAAUUGCAUUAGGAUCAUUAAUUAUUGCUUUAAUAAAAUUUAUCAGAACAAUUCUUCAAUAUAUUUAUAAUAAUUUUAAAGGUUCUAAAAAUAAAAUUAUUAGAAAAAUAUAUUGUCUUAUGUCAUGUUGGUUUUGGCUUUUAGAAAAUGUUCUUAAAUAUUUAACAACAAAUUCAUAUAUAAUUAUAGCAAUACAUGGAAAACCAUUUUGGACAUCAGCAAAAAAAGCAAUUUCACUAAUAUCACAAAAUAUCAUUCGUGUGAUAGUUGUAAAUAGAGUUUCAUCUAUAUUACUGUUUAUUGGAAAACUCUUUAUUACAAUAUUUUUUGUUUUUAUUUCUUAUAACUUUUUUUCAAACAAUUUAUUUGAUGAAGAAACAUUUAAUAAUAAUUUUAAUAAUUAUCUUACACCAGUAAUAGUUGUUGCUAUAGGAACAUACUAUAUUGCUGAUUUAUUUUUUGAUGUUUAUGAAUUUGGUAUUGCUACAACAUUUUUAUGUUUUUUAGAUGAUUGUGAAAGAAAUGAUGGAUCAACAGAGAAACCAUAUUAUAUGAAUAGAUCUAAAAAAGCAGGAAAUAUGGAGAAUAUCUCCAUUAAAGUACCUACAAAAUCAAAAAAAAAGUAA